CACUGAGCUCUGAAAAUAGUCCAAUAGUUCUGAAAAUGGCGUCUGCAGCAAUAGCAUUGCAGUAUUCCUCCUCCUCCAUUCCUGCUCUGGAUAUCUCCUCCAGGAGAAACCAGGAUGGAGAGGACGAUGAGAGGAAAUGUCACAAUGCUGAUGGAAUUCACUUCGCCCUUCCACCAGUCCCAAAUCCUGCCGCGUUCAUCGGCCAAGUAACUGGUGAAAACAGCAACGUGAAAAUUCAGUUCCUCCACGGAACGACAACUCUGGGAUUCAAGUUUCAGCAUGGUGUUGUGAUUGCAGUAGACUCACGAGCAACUGCUGGAUCAUGGAUCGCUUCUCAAACGGUGAAGAAGGUGAUCGAGAUCAACCCGUAUCUGCUCGGCACAAUGGCUGGCGGCGCAGCGGACUGCUCCUUCUGGGAACGCAAUCUGGCUUUCCAGUGCAGAAUGUUUGAGUUGCGCAAUAAGGAGCGGAUCUCGGUGGCAGCAGCAUCCAAGAAGCUCGCGAAUACGAUGAACCACUACAAGGGUUAUGGACUGUCCAUGGGUACCAUGAUCUGCGGCUGGGACAAGAAGGGACCUGGUCUCUACUACGUUGACAGCGAUGGCAACCGCCUGACCAACCACAUCUUCAGCGUAGGCUCCGGAUCACCAUACGCGUAUGGUGUGCUAGAUGCUGGUUACAAGUAUGAUCUGAGCGUGGAGGACGCACUGGACUUGGGUCAGAGAGCUAUCUACCACGCUACACACCGUGACGCCUACAGUGGUGGUGUAGUCAACUUGUACCUGAUGAAGGAGACCGGAUGGGAGAAGAUCUCAACCACCGACACACAGAUAAUCCACGCCAAGGCUACCCAGCAACACUGAACACAGCCAGAAAACGGGUUGUGUUUUAGCCACCCACCCCGUUUCAAUUGUACAUAGCUUCUUGUUUUUCCGCUUCACAAUUCCAGCAUGGUGCCACAACAUGUCGCCAAGUAUUUUUAAAUUCUAACUCGAAUUAUGCUUAAGCUGCUUUUGAAUGGUUGUAAUUGUUCAUGACAUCGUCUCAUGUGAAACCUCUCUGCCGGAGUCAUGUUACGUCUGCUGUAUAUUAUUGCAUACAUACUUCAUUAAAUUUUCUUUUCCUACAUGAAGCAGAAAAUUGUUGUUGAUCGAAA